AUGCCUUCCGAUCCAUCAUUUCAAGGGAACCCAAGCACACUCCUACCUCAACCCGGAUCGCUGGAGUAUAUAAACAGGCCAAACCCAGUUGAACCCAGUGAUUUGAGCCAUAGUAUCUUCGAUGGAAGUACUCGCCAACUUGACCGGACGACGAAUGAGCAGCUACAUCCGUUUCUGCUAGGCAAUAGGUUGCGCCAACGUAAUGAUCUUGGACCAGAUACCACAAGGCUUGCGAGACGCUCGCCCCACCAGUCUUCUGCCUCCUCACUUGCUGCCGUACUCAAUGAUGAAGACUCGCCUCCUCGAUUAGGCGAGUAUACUUCUCAAAGACGGGAUGUUGAUCAAGCAGUCUUCACAUUGCCAAAGUUGCCAGCAAAACGACAUGCAAAACGUCACCGCGUACCUCCUGUGCUACAGGGUCUUCACCAGCCACCACCAGAUGCUGGGCUCUUGCCUUCCAUCAGUACGGAGGAAGCACAAGUAUUUUUGUCUACCUCAAGGAGCAACAAGCCUGCACCUACUUCCGUGCCCACUGACGAUGCAAAUUCUGCUGUGGUGCAGAAAGAGCCCAUGGCUUCGACUGAAGUCAGCCAGGGGACAUCGGAAAAGCGUUCUAGACGUAACAUAUGGACUGAUCAAGAAACCAAUGACCUCUUAGCAGGCGUUUCGAGGUUUGGCAUUGGUAAUUGGAAGAAGAUUUUGCUCUGCUCAGACUACCAGUUCCACAAGCGGACAGCCGUAGAUCUCAAAGACAGGUUCAGAGUUUGUCGUCCUGACGCUUAUGGUGGUGCGAGGAAAACUCGAAAAGCCAAGAGAGUCUCACCUGAAGAAGUUGCAACUACUGAAACGUCCAAGAGGCCGAGAUCAGCAGAGAAAACUCCAGCAGAGCCUGUGGCAGAAGUUGAGGCACAAUCCAAGCAAGCCGGUACCACAGAACAGACUCUAUGGAAGGCGCAACGCCGACCGAGACGCAACUUUACGGACGAAGAAGACGAGGCUCUACUCAAAGGCUUUCGGGAGCAAGGCCCAUCUUGGGUAUCUAUUUGCAAAGAUGAAGCAUUCCGAGAACAUGGUAGAACCCCAACAGAUUUACGCGAUCGACUGAGAACGAGGUUCCCAGAAAAAUAUGCACAAGCUGGACUAGCAUCCCGACCAGCCGUACCAAAACCGGCCAAACGGACACGAGCUACGAGAGAGGACUCAGGAAAACCUGCAGGGCCAAGCCAAACUACCACAACUCAGGCUGCCACCUCGAAAGACAGUCAACCUGUACUCCCGAACGAUAGAUUAGAGAGGACAAAUUCGCGGACUGGUCCUGCUUACAGUCUACCUCUACCAAGUAUUGGAGAUGAUGCUCUAUCGAAUUUUGGCUAUCCAGAUGACGAUGAAGACGCAGAUCCGAUCGUUCUGGAUCGCAGCAUCAUGGACUGGGCAAAUAGCAAUAUGACCCAACUCAAUCGCCCGUCACACCCACAAACAUCUGACAGCUUUUCAUUUCCUGGCAUUGAUCCACUUGUCACACUGAAGUUGCCCAAGCCUGGGUUCUUCUGA